AUGGCGGGAACAGAAAUGGAAAUAGAGCCGCCAGCUCCUGCAGCUGUAAAUAGAUCUUUAUCAAUCGAAACUGGUUUGCCAAACCCAAAAGUAGUGGAGCCUUAUUCAGCAAUGCUAAAUCUUACAGAUGUGUCUUAUGGGGUAAAAGGCCACAAUAAGUUUUACCAAAUUAUGGUUAUAGAAGAUAAUGGGUUUUAUUUCUGGGCAAAGUGGGGAAGAGUUGGAGCUCCUAACCCUGCGUCUUCUUUAAGUCCUUGCUCUUCUAAAGCAGAAGCUAUCCUAUUCUAAAUUUAUUUUACAUAAUUUAAUAAUUAUUUCUUAUUAUUUUAUAUUCAGUCGGACACAAUUUAUUAUAGAAUUCAAAAAAAAGUUCCACCAAAAAACAAAAAAUGAAUGGGGAACUGAAUUUAAUCGUGCAGAAGGAAAAUACGUCCUUGUGGACGUGCAAUCUGAUAAUAAAAAAUUAGAAUCUCAUAUAAGAUUUGAGAAAAAGCGCCGUGAAUUAGUAGAAAAAGCGAAAAGUUUUCCUAUUGAAUGUGAUACAGAGGUUGCUAAUUUAAUGGAAUUUAUAUGGGAUUUUGAUCGUAUGAAAAGAACCAUGAGAGAAUUAAAUUUAGACCCUGAGCAAUGCCCUUUAGGCCAAUUAAGUAAAUCCCAAAUACAAAAAGGUUACAAAAUUUUAAGAGAAAUUUACCAAGUUUUGACGACAAGUAACAGGGAAUCUAAAAUUUUAGAACUGACCAAUGAUUUUUAUACGAAUAUUCCUCAGAAUUUUGGCAUGAAAAGACCGCCACCAAUUAAUCGUGUCCCAAAAGUAAAAGAAAAAUUGGCACUUUUAGAUACACUUUUAGACUUACUCCCCCCCCCCCCUCCGUGAGCGAACAAAAAAAUUUUGUUCGCUCACGGAGGGGGGUUAAUUUUUUUUUUUUAAAAAAAAUUUAUAUAUAAAUUUUAUAAAAAAAUAUUUUUUUUCGAAAUUUAAAAAAAUCCUAAUUUGCAAAAAUUGGGAAGCAAAUAUUAAUUUAAUUUGCAAAAUUUAUGUUUUAAAACGCAAUUUGUUUAAAAUUAAACAGAAUUAGCUCUAGAUUUCAUUAUACUAAUUAUCACUUAUAUAUCAAAAUUUUUUUCCAUUAAAAUUUUUUCUAUUAAAAAAAUUUUUGUUCACUCACGGAGGGUGGGUUUUUGGUCAAAAAAUGGCGAUUUUUCUAAUGGUUUUGUUCGCUCACGGAGGGGGGGGGGGGAGUUAGAGAUUGCAAAUUCGCUAUCUAUGAGAAGUUUGAAGCUUUUGGAGACGAGAAAUCCUUUAGAUGUGUAUUAUUCACAAUUAAAAUGCAGAAUAAGUGCGGUUUCUAAUGAGUUUAAAGGGACUUUGCAAGGAUGGAUUGAUAGUACACAUGCGCCGUCGCAUAAUUUCCGUAUGGAAGUGGUGCAGGCUUUUGAAAUUGAUAGAGAAAAUGAGUCUGCAAGAUAUUUUUUUUAAAAUCUUUUUAUUUAUUAUGGCAUGCUGUAUUAAAUUUGGCAAUAAAUUCUAUAAAUUUCUUGAUGGCUUAGCCUAAUUAUUUUAGUUUAAUUAAUAAUUAAUUUUUAAAAAAAAUUAAAUACACAAGAUAUUGGUCUUUUUCAAGACUUCCUAAUAAAAAACUAUUAUGGCAUGGCUCUAGAAUUACCAACAUUGUUGGUAUUCUAUCACAAGGUCUACGAAUCGCUCCAAAAGAAGCCCCUUCCAGCGGCUAUAUGUUCGGAAAAGGGAUUUAUCUUGCUGAUUUAUCAUCAAAAUCAGCGAUGUACUGUAACGCAAGUCCAAGCUCUCCUGAAGGCAUCCUCCUCCUUUGUGAAGUAGCCCUCGGCAACUCUCAUCAAGUCCUAAAAGCAAAAUCCUUUAAGCGCCCUCCUUCUCCUUGUCACAGUGUUUUAGGAGUUGGCCGCACCAGCCCUACAGACGAAUUCGAAGUUUAUCCCGGAGUGUCCCUUUAUACAGGAAACUUAAAAGAAAAUCCUCAAGCAGCCCAAUCAGAGCUCCGCUAUAACGAAUAUAUAGUCUACGACAUAGGACAAAUAAAACUGCGAUAUUUAAUUCGCUGCCAAUUUACCUUUAAUUAA